CCGACGAUUUAGGCCUACCACUUUCAUGCAGUACACGACUUUGUGAAGUUGCUUUGUCAUUAUGAUGCACUCAGAAUUAUCAAGUAUCUUGAUAUGCCUACUCUGCAUGUGCAUAAGUUGCCUUGCCGAUGUCGGUCGUCAUCAUGGGCAUCAUCAGCAUCAACAGCAUGGGCAUCAUGGGCAUCAUCAACAUCACGACGUCGACCACGCAGAUAUGAGCCACAUGUGGUGCGAUGACGCAUCGUCAUCGUGUUCAAGGAGUACUAACCGCCUUGCCCUCAACAAGCCGAACGUCAUCCUGAUGGUCGCCGACGACAUGGGGGUCGGAGAUCUGACGUCGUAUGGACACCCUACCCAGGAGCCCGGCUUCAUCGACGAGAUGGCAGCCAAGGGUUUGAGGUUCACCAACGGGUACGUGGGAGACUCGGUUUGUACACCAAGCAGAUCGGCUAUUAUGACGGGUCGACUACCGAUUCGUAUUGGGACCUACGGCGAAACUCGUGUCUUCCUCCCGUGGACGACUACAGGUCUGCCUAAGAGCGAAAUCACCAUUGCUGAGGCCAUGAAGGCAGCUGGAUACGCGACUGGGAUGGUCGGGAAAUGGCAUCUUGGAAUCAACGAGAAAACGCCAUCGGACGGGGCCCAUCUCCCCUACCAUCAUGGCUUUGACUACGUGGGCCAUAACCUCCCGUUCACCAAUAGCUGGAGCUGUGACGACACUGGGCUCCACGAGGACUUUCCGAGCCCGGACAAAUGCUAUCUGUACCGCAACGCCACCAUUUUAAACCAGCCGUACCAGCAUCGCGGUCUGACGCAACUCUUCACUUCCGACGCCGUCGAGUUCAUCGAUGAGAAAAAAGAGGAACCGUUUUUUCUCUACGUUGCCUUUGCUCACAUGCACACCAGUCUCUUCUCCCAUCCGGACUUCUCCUGCAAGUCCCGCCGCGGUCGCUAUGGUGACAAUCUUUUAGAGAUGCAUGCGGGCGUGAAGAACAUCACGGAUAGUCUAGAAAGAAACAAUAUCAUGGACAACACCGUGAUUUUCUUCAUCUCCGACCAUGGACCACAUCGAGAAUACUGCGACGAAGGCGGUGACGCCAACAUAUUUAGAGGUGGGAAAUCGCUUUCAUGGGAGGGUGGUCAUCGCGUUCCUUACAUCGUCUAUUGGCCGGGAACUGUCCAGCCGGGUAUCUCCAACGAGCUGGUUACUUCCAUGGACAUCAUCAAAACGGCUGCGGAUCUCGGAGGGGCGCCUGACGACACGUUCCCGGCCGAUCGGGUUGUAGAUGGUAAGAGCAUCAAGGAUCUAAUCCUAGACCCAACGAGCAAUACGUCGCCUCACACCGAAGGCUUCUUCUACUACUGCAAGAACAUCCUGAUGGCAGCUCGGCAUGGGCAGUACAAGGCCCACUACAGAACUCAGCGGGUACACGAACAGUCUGUGUACGGCGAGCAGUGCGAUGGCGGUUUCCCCAUCGAAGACUACUUCGACUGCAACGAGUGCGAGGGUGACUGCGUGACAUUCCACGACCCACCCCUCCUCUUCGAUCUCUUCCAAGACCCCGGCGAAGCCUACCCGCUCAACGUAGCCGACUACGCCGACGUGUUGGCCAACAUCCAGGACGCCGUGAGUGUUCACAACUCUACGAUGGUCCCAGGGAAAUCGCUCCUUGAUGAAUUCGACCUUUCCAUCGUACCGUGCUGUGAUCCCGCCACCAACUGCAUCUGCAACUACACGCAGGACCCCGAGAUCCCAGUGUGCUAUCAGUAUCUUAUCGAAGUAGCCAACCGACACAAGAGCCCGACAACACCAGCCCCAAUACCUCCAGUCUAAAGGCACCUGGCAUAGAUCCAGCGGGAUUGGGGAUGUAUAUUCAUCCCUAUUAUUUUGUUAAAUGUUCUAUUACCCCCCCCCCCCCCCCAAGAAGAAAUUUCUGCAUGCCUUUUUAACGAAGUUGUAUCGAUGGUAACAUGUUUUAAUUUACUAAUGUCCAUUGUUUUUCAGAAGCAUGAAGGAUGGGUAGUGUGUAGUGACGAAUCGAAAGAGACAAACUAAACUAAGCCCGGACAACAAUGAUGUCACCAUUUAAUUGCUGAAUUACUGUUUAACUUAACGUCGUUAUUUCAUUUUUCAUCAGUGAUUUUGGGCUAAUGGUCUAAUACUCUACUUUAAUGUUAAUCAAGCUAAGCAAGGUGAUAGAUUAGAAUAGGAUAACAUGAUGUCUUUAUUGUAUAAUGAAAAGCACUUCCUUUUCAAAUUUGUAUCUGUAUUAGAAUUUUGUUUGUUUUACCUGGCCAAUUAGGAAUCAUGUGUAUGCUUGUAAGUAAACAAUCAGGGCACCGACGGAUUUAAGUCAAUUAAUAAAAAAAUACAGCAUUGUAAUACUAUUUUUUAAACAUUUUUUCUAACAACCUGUCACUUCCCUGUACCCCUGGUGACGAGCUUGCUUUCAUUUUUCCUAUGUUGUUGCUAUGUGAGAAAAGGGUUUAAAUGUUUUGUGGUUUUCGAAGGCAACCAUUGGUAAACUUGGUGAAUUAGUCAGUUUGUCUUAUGCUUAAUUAUACUUCAUGACCAUGUUUUGAGUUCGCAAAUUAAUACAAAGAAUAAAGAAAUUGGUGUUGGGAA